AACAGCUGUUUGUGAAGAAAAACAAAUUGAACGAAUUGUGUAAAGUUAAAUGCGAUCGUUUUCAGCGACCACGUCAUAUUCCGUUGGUCGAAAUGAGGUUUUGGCUAGUUUGUAGUGCGGCCGCCCUUUUCCUGGUUCUUCGAGCGGCGGCGGACAUCAGCGGGCAGGAGCUGGCGAGCAACAGUACAACCAUCAACUCCACCUCGCCAGAAAGUUCUAACUCCACUCACGCCGCGCCCGAUGUGUCAGCCAGCAGUCCUCCGGGGAAUAUCAAGCCCCCAACUGCUGCUCCUGGCAAUGGAAGCGUCACGAAGAAGGGAAACACAUCCUCUGUGGCGACUGAGCCACCGCUCAUCGACUCACACGCCGUCGAGCAGGAGCACAACUCCUCGCUGUCCUUGUUCUUCGUCAUCUGCGUGAUCAUGUUGGGCAUCCUGCUGAUCCACUCCAUGCUGCAGACCGGAUUCCAGUACCUGCCGGAGAGCAUAGUGGUGGUCUUCCUGGGAGCCUUCAUCGGCCUGUCGCUGAACGUGAUGUCCGGAGAGAACGGCAGCUGGAAACGCGAGGAGGUCUUCUCGCCCAUGGGCUUUUUCCUGGUGCUCCUGCCGCCCAUUAUUUUCGAGUCCGGCUACAAUCUGCACAAGGGAAACUUCUUUCAGAACAUCGGAUCCAUACUGGUGUUUGCCAUAUUCGGCACCACGAUUUCUGCGCUGGUCAUCGGAGCCGGGAUCUACCUGCUUGGUCUGGCGGAGGUGGCAUUUCGACUCAGCUUUUCGGAGUCGUUUGCCUUUGGCUCGCUCAUCUCGGCUGUGGAUCCCGUCGCAACUGUGGCCAUCUUCCAUGCCCUGGACGUGGACCCCAUACUCAACAUGUUGGUGUUCGGCGAGAGCAUCCUGAACGACGCCAUUUCGAUUGUGCUGACUGCAUCCAUUACCCAGUCGGCCAACGCAAAUGCCGAAGCCAGCACUGGGGAGGCAAUGUUUAGUGCAUUAAAGACGUUCUGCGCCAUGUUCUUCGCGUCUGCCGGCAUUGGAGUUAUAUUCGCCCUAAUAUCGGCACUGCUCCUCAAGCACAUCGACUUGCGAAAGCAUCCGUCCCUCGAGUUUGCCAUGAUGCUCAUGUUUACCUACGCCCCGUACGUCCUGGCCGAGGGAAUUCAUUUAAGCGGCAUCAUGGCCAUCCUCUUUUGUGGAAUCGUCAUGUCCCACUACACGCAUUUCAACCUAUCCACUGUUACUCAAAUCACCAUGCAACAGACGAUGAGGACACUGGCUUUCAUUGCAGAAACCUGCGUGUUUGCUUAUCUGGGCCUGGCGAUUUUUUCGUUUAAGCACCAAGUAGAACUAUCUUUUGUUAUAUGGGCCAUUGUGCUUUGCCUAAUUGGGCGGGCCUGUAACAUUUUCCCGCUCGCCUUCUUGGUCAACAAAUUCCGCGAGCAUAAGAUCAACAACAAAAUGCAGUUCAUCAUGUGGUUCUCAGGUCUACGAGGCGCUAUUUCCUACGCACUGUCCUUGCACUUAAACCUUGACAGCCAGGAGAAGCGCCACGUCAUCAUAACAACUACACUGAUCAUCGUGCUAUUUACCACGCUAGUAUUGGGCGGCUCGACAAUGCCGCUGCUGAAGUAUCUUAAGCCCGGAAAGAAGCGCCGCACACGUGGCUCCGUGCGGAGUACCACUGAGGAGGGAGGUCGUCGAAGCGGAAGCGGCCGAAAGCGCUCCAAGUCUAUUUCUCUGUCGAAGACCCGCGAAUGGGGUCAGGCAAUCGACUCGGAGCACCUGUCGGAGCUCACGGAAGAAGAGGACGUCACCUUUACACAGGCUCGCGAUCGCUUUGGGCGCAUGGACCGGAAGUAUUUCAUUCCGUUCUUUACGCGACGGUUCAACAGUCAGGAACUGCACGAGUGCAAGUCACAAAUGGCCGACCUGACUAACAAGUGGUACCAAGCCAUUCGCGUGAGUCCUUUGGAUUCGGAUGAAUCGGAUGAGGAGAUUGGGCUGGCGGCCAGCACAAGUCAGAGUCAUCUGACGCGAUCGUAGGAACUCGAAGGCUGUUUUAGGGACA